UUAUUUGUAGUUUGUUGUAAUUUGAAUAUAUUUAUGCAACAGCCCCAUAUGUUAUGGAGUGAAGGUGACGACGAGCUUCAUGAAAAAGCCAAUGAAACUAUACGUCGUCACCUUCUUUGGUCGCAUAGAGUGAACUGGGAGGGAACCCAAUUAGGAAAGGAGUUAACGAAGCCAAAGGAAACGCCAGUUAGGAAAACCGUGUUACCUGCAACGAGCUUUGGAAACUUGAAUGACUAUGGUUGCGUAAUAUGCUCGUCGGAUCUCAAAAGAACUACGGUGGUUGAAAGUAAAAGCACGUUGUCCUCUGUGCCUAGAAACUCCUCAGAAGCUGUUAUUUUCAAUUCAAAGCUCCUCUUUAUUUAAAGAGAACGAUCUUGAUCACAAGUCUCCAAGUAGUCGCAGGCAGAAACUGCGCAAUGAUGUGCAUAGGCAAGGGGAUAAUUCCUUCUAUGCAUCUCAAGACUCCAAUACCGUCUACCAAGAAACACUGCGAGGAACCA